AGCAGGCUGGGCUAGUGUCGCGGAGGGAUACAUAGUCCCCAUUCUCACCACCACGGCGACACACCUCCAUCCCGCUGGAAACUCCAUCUAAGGAACGAGCACACUCGUUCUCUAGUUCAUAGACAAUCAGCCCAGAUCCAUCGAACAUGGCCGAUCAACUAACAGAAGAACAGAUUGCAGAGUUCAAGGAGGCGUUCUCCUUAUUCGACAAGGAUGGCGACGGCACCAUCACGACCAAAGAGCUGGGCACCGUGAUGAGGUCGCUGGGACAGAACCCCACAGAGGCGGAGCUGCAGGACAUGAUCAAUGAGGUCGACGCCGACGGCAAUGGCACCAUUGACUUCCCGGAGUUCCUGACCAUGAUGGCCAGAAAAAUGAAGGACACAGACAGUGAGGAGGAGAUCCGUGAAGCCUUCAGGGUAUUCGACAAGGACGGAAACGGCUACAUCAGCGCAGCAGAACUCCGUCACGUCAUGACAAACCUGGGGGAGAAGUUAACAGACGAGGAGGUAGACGAGAUGAUCAGAGAAGCAGACAUUGACGGAGACGGACAGGUCAACUAUGAAGAGUUUGUACAGAUGAUGACUGCAAAGUGAAGCUCGGCCAACCUGCCUUGUCCCCUUGUAGAAGACGAUAAAAAAAAGAUCACAAAAGUUUUACUUACCUCUUGGGAAAAAAAAAUGUUCAUUUAUCCAUACUGUUUCUGUAUAGAAAAUAAUUGAAUGUUAAAAUAAAAUAUCCCUCUGUCCAUCUACACAGAGAAAACAAAAAUCUACAAAAAAUAUCUGCAUGAUAUGGUUAGUGACCCUCCCCCCCAAAUAAGAUGAGUUUAGCAUCAGUACUUCAAAGACGCAUAUAACAACCUUGUAGUAAUUACCUUCAAACUGAAGCAAGGCAUUUGGAACCCCUUCCAAGUUCCAUCCAUUUGCUGGUGAUGUUUGGGCUGGCCAUCUCUCUUUAUCUGUCUCUCUCUCUCUCUCUCUUUCCUGUUCUUCAUGCAUGCAGCUUGUGACUGGAGCACUCCCUCCAGCCAAUCCGAGCGUGCUGAUUCCACAGGGGGUGUCGUUGGUAUGGUGUCGUUGGUUUGGUACAGUUUUUUUUGUAUUUGGAGAGGAACCCUAGUGAUAUGGUAUAUGAAAGGAUAGGUUUAUAAUUCAAGCUGAAAGUGGAAUGGAACUUACUUGUAUGUUAGAUAAAGUACAUUUUCAAAAUGUUUGGCAUGUUUUUUUGUUUGUUUGUUUUUUACGUUAUUUGGACGGCCAUCUUAGGUAUUUGUGUGUCCCUGCCCUGAAGAGGAGGGAUAUAAAAAGUCUUACGGUGGAGCUUUGUUUUGUUUGCUGAGAUGGAGUGUUCCUCUUUCUGACAUUAAGGGAGAUUCACUGGCCUUCACGUUUUUUUCUUUCUUCCGUUUCCUCGACUCGGACAAGAGUGUGGUGGAGUUGUUGUGUACUUUGUAUAUGCAGUAUGCAUUCUGUAGGUAAGAGUUGCAGCACACGAGUCUUUUCAACUGUUCAUCUGAGUUCAGUUUACAUUCAUUCCAAGUUGUAAAUGCUAGUCUUUCAUUUUUUUUUUUUUUCAAAUAAAAAAAAAAGACCAUGAACUUAA